GAUCGUCAACAAAUAAGCACAUGGACGAUGGCCUUUUCUUUAGUCCAUUUAACGGAGGGUACCCCCAUCAAAGAACAAACAAGAAUAAGGUUCAAGACCACAGUACUUUUCAGUACUCCUCAUCUUACCCGAAUGGAGAAGGUGCCGAAAUUCACUUUUCCUUUAGAAUGUAUACUUUUCAUUUGUCUCAGGUAAUCUGCACGAAAACUGUACACUAGUGAGAAUCGAUUCUGUAGCGCCGCUGUUAUGCAUCAAGAAUGUGUCAUUUUUAGAGCAUAAAAAGGGGUCAGGACUCCACACCCUUGGUAACAAACCCAGCUCUGGGCUUACAUCUUUGCUGCUGAUCAGGCCAUGGCUAGAACUGGUGUAGCCAAAACACAGAUGUUAUUUCUUAGUCCAUGCAGGGGAGCAAAGCCGGUGUGGCGGGGCUUGAGCAAGGUAGCUGGGGCUGAGGGGGGGCCGGAGAAAGCUAGAGGACUGACGGAUGGUGCUGAUCAUAAGGGCGAUGGCUCAUCGUCCAGCUGGGUGCCGCACCCUCGGACUGGGAUAUACUUCCCCAAAGGGCAUGACCAUAUGAUGGACGAUGUCCCGGAUGGUGCAGCUUGCUUUGGCCAGACUUACUGGUUGAGGACUGUGGAUGGAGUGGACAAACCGGACCCUGAUGUUUGAACUCAAUAUUGAAGUCCUAGGAAGGGCCUUGUAUGUAUAAUAAACUAUGAUCAUGAGCUUCAUGUCAUAGGCUUAUGAAUCUAGUCUAUAUAUAUAAAAGAAGAUGAUGGCUUUUGAUAUACUAA